AUGAAGUAUACUGCCAUCUUGGCGGCUUUUGCUGCCCACGCUGCUGCUGUUAGCGUUUCAGGAGCGGCUGAAGGUUUCGCCAAGGGUGUUACUGGUGGUGGUUCUGCUACCGCUGUCUACCCAACUACCACUGACGAGCUGGUCUCGUACCUUGGUGACAGUGAAGCCCGUGUUAUUGUUCUUGAUCAAACCUUUGACUUCACCGAUACCGAGGGUACCACCACUGCCACCGGUUGCGCACCUUGGGGAACUGCUUCCGCCUGCCAGGUCGCUAUUAACCAGGAUGACUGGUGCACGAACUAUGAGCCGGAUGCUCCUGAUGUUUCGGUGAGCUAUGACAAUGCUGGUAUCCUGGGUAUCACUGUCACCUCCGACAAGACCAUUCUUGGUUCUGGCUCUGCUGGUAUCAUCAAGGGCAAGGGUCUGCGGAUCGUUUCUGGAGCCAGCAACAUUAUUAUCCAAAACAUUGCUAUUACCGAUAUCAACGCCAAGUACGUCUGGGGUGGCGACGCCAUCACCCUCGAUGACUGCGACAUGAUUUGGAUCGACCACGUUACUACUGCUCGUAUCGGACGUCAGCACUAUGUUCUGGGAACCUCUGGUGAUAACCGCGUGAGUCUGACAAACAACUACAUCGAUGGAGUUACCGACUACUCUGCAACCUGCGACGGCUACACAUACUGGGGUAUCUACCUGGAUGGAGACAGUGACCUUGUCACCCUGAAGGGCAACUACAUCUACCACACUAGUGGCCGUAGCCCCAAGGUUCAGGGUAACACUCUCCUCCAUGCCGUCAACAACUACUGGUAUGACAACUCUGGACACGCUUUCGAGAUCGGUUCCGGCGGCUAUGUUUUGGCCGAGGGCAACGUUUUCCAGAACAUUCCUACUGUCGUUGAGUCACCAAUUGACGGCCAGCUCUUCACUGCGCCUAAUGCCGCUGCUAACGCGGUCUGUGCCACUUACCUUGGUCGCGACUGCGUGGUCAAUGGAUUUGGUUCUUCGGGUACAUUUAGCCAGGCGGAUGAGGGCUUUCUGUCUGAUUUCGAGGGAAAGAACAUUGCCUCUGCUUCCGCUUAUACUGCGGUCCAGAGCACCGUUCCAUCCAGUGCCGGCCAAGGUAAUCUGUAA